AUGGACAGAGUAAACAGUGAUGCUUCACCCAAACCUGCUGACCUGAAAAUAUCUAAUAUCUCAGUUCACAUGGUCAGUGUCCAAGGGAAGCUACCAGGGAGACGCCCACCACUGCCAGGGAGACGCCCACCACGAAAACCCAUUGGCAAAGCCAUAUCCAAGAAGCAAUCCAAGAAGAAAGCUCCCUGUUGGAAUGUCCAGAAUAAAAUCAUUCUCUUCACAGUGUUUUUAUUCAUCCUAGCAGUCGUAGCCUGGACGCUUCUGUGGCUCUAUAUCAGUAAGACAGAAAGCAAAGAUGCUUUUUACUUCGUUGGGAUGUUUCGUAUCACCAACAUUGAGUUUCUUCCUGAGUACCGCCAGAAGGAGUCCAGAGAAUUUCAUUCAGUGGCUGGGACAGUGCAGCAAGUGGUAAAUCUGGUUUAUACUACAUCUGCCUUCUCAAAAUUUUACAAGCAGUCUGUUGUUGCAGAUGUCAGCAGCAACAACAAAGGUGGCCUUCUUGUACACUUUUGGAUUGUGUUCGUCAUGCCACAUGCCAAGGGCCACAUCUUCUGUGAGGACUGUGUGGCAGCCAUCUUGAAGGACUCCAUCCAGACGAGCAUUAUAAACCGGACGUCUGUGGGGAGCUUGCAGGGUCUGGCUGUGGACAUGGACUCUGUGGUACUAAAUGCUGGGCUUCGUUCAGAUUACUCUUCAACCAUAGGAUCUGACAAAGGCUGUUCUCAGUACCUCUAUGCAGAUCAUCUGUCUCUCCGCUACCCUCUGGAGAUUUCCGCAACCUCAGGGAGGCUGACGUGUCACUUCAAACUGGUGGCCAUAGUGGGCUACUUGAUUCGUCUCUCAAUUGAGUCCAUCCAAAUAGAAGCCGACAACUGUGUCACCGACUCCCUGACCAUUUACGACUCCCUCUUGCCAAUCCGGAGCACUGCCUUGUACAGAAUUUGUGAACCCACAAGAACAUUAAUGUCAUUUGUUUCUACAAAUAGUCUCAUGUUGGUGGCAUUUAAAUCUCCUCAUAUACGGAGACUAUCAGGAAUUCGGGCAUAUUUUGAGGUCAUUCCAGAACAAAAAUGUGAAAACACAGUGUUGGUCAAAGAAAUCACUGGCUUUGAAGGGAAAAUUUCAAGUCCAUAUUAUCCGAGCUACUAUCCUCCAAAAUGCAAGUGCACCUGGAAAUUUCAGACUCCCGUAUCAACUCUUGGCAUAGCACUGAAAUUCCAUAACUAUUCAAUAACCAAGAAGAGUUUGAAAAGCUGUGAGCAUGGAUGGUGGGAAAUUAAUGAGCACAUGUACUGUGGCUCCUACAUGGAUUACCAGACGAUUUUUCGAGUGCCCAGCCCCCUGGUUCACAUUCAGCUCCAAGGAAGUUCGAGGCUUUCAGACAAGCCACUUUUGGUAGAAUACGGCAGUUACAACAUCAGUCAACCUUGUCCCAUUGGAUCUUUUAGAUGCUCCUCCGGUUUGUGUGUCCCUCAGGCCCAGCGCUGUGAUGGAGUAAAUGACUGCUUUGAUGAAAGUGAUGAACUUUUCUGUGUGACCCUUCAGCCUGCGUGCAAUGCCAGCUCCAUCAGGCAGCAUGGCCCUCUGGUCUGCGAUGGUGUCAGGGACUGUGAGGAUGGCCAGGAUGAGCAGAACUGCACUCAAAGUAUUCCAUGCAACAACAGAACUUUUAAGUGUGACAAUGAUAUUUGCAUUAGGAAACAAAAUGCAAAAUGUGAUGGGACACUGGACUGUCCAGAUGGAAGUGAUGAGGAAGGUUGCAGCUGCAGCAGGAGUUCCUCCACCCUCCACCGCAUCACUGGGGGCACUGACACUCUGGAGGGGGCUUGGCCGUGGCAAGUGAGCCUCCACUUCAUUGGAUCUGCCUCCUGUGGUGCCUCAGUCAUCUCCAGGGAGUGGCUUCUCUCUGCGGCCCACUGUUUCCAUGGAAGCAGGCUGUCAGACCCCACACCGUGGACCGCUCACCUUGGGAUGUAUAUGCAGGGGAAUGCCAAGUUUGUCUCCCCAGUGAGAAGAAUUGUGGUCCACGAGUACUAUAACAGCCAGACUUUUGACUAUGAUAUUGCUUUGCUACAGCUCAGUGUCGCCUGGCCUGAGACCCUGAAACAGCUCAUCCAGCCAAUAUGCAUUCCUCCCACCGGCCAGAAAAUGCGCAGUGGGGAGAGGUGCUGGGUAACUGGCUGGGGGCGAAGGCAUGAAGCAGAUAAUAAAGGCUCCCCUGUUUUGCAGCAAGCAGAGGUAGAGCUCAUUGAUCAAACGCUCUGUGUUUCCACCUAUGGGAUCAUCACUUCGCGGAUGUUCUGUGCUGGUGUAAUGUCAGGCAAGAGAGAUGCCUGUAAAGGAGAUUCGGGUGGACCUUUAUCUUGUCGAAGAAAAAGUGAUGGAAAAUGGAUUUUGACUGGUAUUGUUAGCUGGGGAUAUGGAUGUGGAAGACCAAACUUUCCCGGUGUUUAUACAAGGGUGUCAAACUUUGUUCCUUGGAUUCAUAAAUAUGUUCCUUCUCUUUUGUAA